AUGCGUCUCGUCUCGUCGCUGGGUCUUUGUGUCGCGCGGCCGACGGAUGCGCGUCCGCUUGUGUGGCCAGCCGCUUCUGCGCUCAUCGGCUUCAGGGCCGUCAGGGCUGCCGUCAGGGCUUCGAGGGCUUCGAGGGCUUCAGGGCAUGCCCAGCCGACUCUGGUCAAGCUCAAAGCCAAGAGCCAAAAAGGCUGGAAAAUCGAGCCUACAGCGGCGCGACCGACUUGGAAAGCGCGCCAACCCGAAAAAAGUCAGCUGCGCGACCCCUUCAGAUUGUUAGAGCUCACGGACGGCAGUGGCGGAGCCGAAUGCGCCCUCGGAUCAGGUCGAUCAGCGGUAGCCAAAUCGGGCCCCGUCCAGGGUCCUCGCGAAGCUCAAAUCGGAAGGCUGCCUCCACCUAGGGCUGCACGGUGCAAGCCUCUACGCACUUCUGGCUUCCUCCAUCCCGCUGUCUCGAUCAGAGAGCUGCUCUUCCGCAACCAGCAUAUCGCCGCCGUCAAGCGUGCAUACUUCUCCCAGGAUGCCCAUGCCCUCCUUGCGGCCUUUCGCAUCGACCCGGGCACCUUUGGUGCGAUUCAGGCGGAUCUGAACAGAGACCCGAACCGUGACCUUUCCGCAUGGAUCCUGGGUCAGAUUCUCGUAUCGGCUUCGCCGACCGACUCGGAACGCUUCCAAUCGCUGGUCGCCGACUUUCUCGCCUACGUUCGCGAUCAUGCGCCCCUAUCAUAUGCAUCGGUGGCUUCUCAGGCGCCGGCGAUGGCCGACUGGGAUCGUGCGUACGAUGCAUGGGCCCUCGUCUACUCUCGUGCCUCGGCCUUCUUCUCCCUACCCGAUACCGUUUGGUUCGUCUCGAGCCUGCGCUUCUUCGCAUCCAGUCUGGUCACUCUGGCCAUGGCCGUCGAUCAGCGUACGGAUGCCGUUCAGAAGCGCAAGACCACCGACGCUGCCGGCAGACUUUCCAAAGCAGCCGGCAUGGCCGGUAACGACCGAUCCCAAGCUCGAGGCUCCGAGACCAAGCGCGCCGCCGUGCUCAUGCUUGCCAACCUCAGCUUCAAGGCUUACUUCAAGCUCAACAACACUCGGCUUUGCGAGACCGUCUUGGGCAGCGUCGAGAAUGCACUCAAGCUCAACCGCACCUUUGCCGCCAACAAUGGUCAGAACGACGAAUCAGGCGAACAGUGCUACUCGAGAGCAGACCGAGUCACCUAUCGCUACUACCUCGGUCGCCUGCGACUAUUCCAGCACAACAUCAGAGCCGCAUCGACGCAUCUGCGAUGGGCCUUUGACAACUGCACGCUGAGGAACCUUAGGAACAAGAGGGCCAUCUUGAUCCCGCUCGUCGCAACCUAUCUCAUCUUGGGCCGAUACCCCGAGCCUGCGCUCCUCGAGGCUUCGAAUCUCUCGCAUGUGUACGGCCCACUGACGUUCUGCCUCAAGAGCGGCCAGGCGGCCGCUGCCAUGGACGAGCUGGAUCGACACAUGGACUGGCUGCGCUUCCGUGGACUCUACCUCAUUCUGCGCGAAAAGCUGCAGAUCAGCCUUUGGCGCAAUCUUGCGCGAAGAUGCCUCGCCCUGUCGUACGGGCCCGCACAGGCUGCCUCGGCGCCUCCCACCCUUCGCGUCGACAAGCUUCUCUCGGCCGCGCGCCUGGCGUGGCGUGACCCUUCACUGCAGCCAUCAGACAUCGAGGCCAUUCUCGCCAGCCUCAUCGACCAGGGCUUCGUCAAAGGCUAUAUCCUCCAUUCCAAGGGAGUCCUUGUCCUGCAAAAGGGCCCACACAUGGGCUUCCCACCAAUAUGGACAGUGUUCAAUCCGUAG